AAGCCAACAUCAAUCCGGAUCAAGCUUGCACCUUGCUUAUUUCACUGGUAGAAAGCAUACUGCAUAUAUAUUUUCACUCGCGCACAGAUACGACAUGGCGAUUCAAGCACCAAUUGUAAAUCAUCCCCCGCAAGACGAUGUCUCGAGCAAACCGCUACACACUUACGUCCAUCCACCGGAGACAACGCAACCGCUCGACUAUGCAGACCUCGUCACACUUGAUCUCUCCCGGUUCGAUACUCCCGAAGGCAAAGCCCAACUAGUGGAACAAUUGAAGCAAGCUGCGCAUGACGUGGGUUUCUUCUACAUCACCAACUUCGGCCUCACCCAGGACCAAAUUGACCGACAGUAUGCCAUUGGGGCAGAAUUCUACGCAUUGCCAUUCGAGGAGCGACUGAAGUACCGCGCUCCGCUCGAAGAGGGCAACUACAAUGGCUACCGGCCGCUCGGAAGCGUCGAGCUCGCCCCGGGCCAGCCAGACAAGGUGGAAAUGUACAACCUGUUCAAGUUCAUCCCGCAGACGCAGCGCUCCCAGCCGGCCGUGAUCCGACGGCACUGGGACGAAAUUGAGCAGGUCCAUCGUCACAUCCAUGAGAACGUGGCGCACAAGAUCCUCAGGCUUCUUGCGCUGGUUUUGGAACUGCCGGAUGAGGAGGCGUUGAUCAGAGGCCAUCGCUACGAGGCAAACUGCGACAGCGCGCUGCGGUAUAUGAUGUCGAGGGCGAGGUCGGCGGAGGAGAAUGAGAGGUGCAACCAUAUCUACACGCGGGGUCACACGGAUUUCGGUACCUUAACGUUUGUCUUCCAGCAGCCGGUGGCGGCGUUGCAGGUGAAACGGUCCAAGGAGGCCGAGUGGCAGUGGCUGAGGAUUCCCGAAGGUUAUGCGGCCGUCAACAUUGCUGAUAUUGUGGAGUUCCUCUCCAACGGCUAUCUGAAGAGUGGGGUCCAUCGUGUUGUGUCUCCGCCGAUGGAUCAAGUCGGGCUGGAUCGUUUGGGACUGCUGUACUUUGUAAGGCCGUCGGAUGAGAUGAAUCUUGGUGCCAUCGAUAGUCCACUUCUCAGGCGAUUGGGAUAUUACUCGCAACAAAAACAAAAUGAGGAGGUGGCUAUUCCGGCCACCGAGUGGGUGAGGGCGAGAGUCAAGAAGAACUGGGUGAAGACUGAGUCGAAAGAAGUUCUUUCGUUGGGUCGAUUUCAGACCCAAGUCUUGUAUGACUAAUAUUUGCAUUCGACUGUAACUCCAU